AGAAACGUAGAAGUUUGAAUGCGUAUGAGACAUAUCUUUUGUAUACAGAUUAACUUUUCAUGAACUUCGAUUAAAAUUUCAAUUAUUCUCAUUUGCUGCUUCAUUUCAUAAACGCGAAAUAUGACAACACGUAUAAUAAUAGUUUGUCUUCUAGGCUUGCUAGCUAUUCAAGUAUCUACAGUGGCAUGCAUAGAUGAAGAACUUACUUUCAAUGUAAAUCCAAAGCCAAUCAGAAACAUCAGAUCCCUAACAUCAGUCACAGGAAAAUAUGAACUACAAAGUUCUGUUGAAACUCAUAUCACUUCAUCGAUAGAUAAUAUAAUUUCAAAACUACUGAAUACAACAGUUGGCAAAUUAAUCACAGAUGCAUUUUUGGAUACUCCCAAAUUCGUAUUUGAAAUCAAUAAUUUCCUUGGUAGAGAUGUCCUGAUACUCAAUAAGAAUAGGUUAACGAUAAGCUACAUCAAUGUCACAGAAAUCUUCAAACGUCAGAUUUCUUAUUUUCUGGAACAUGAUUUUAAAUUGAAUGGAAUACUACUCAAGUUUGCAGAAGGAUUUGUACCAAAAAUAGUGACUGACUUCACUCGCAAACUCCGACCAGUUUUGGAGCAAGUUAACAUCACAGUACCAUCUGCUUCAAAAGGUUUGAAAGGAGUGUCACAAAAUGGAAUAAGUAAUUUAGUUCUCGAUUUAGUUGUCAUUCUUCUUAAACCGUCUCAGGUUAAAAUAAACCAAACCCUGCUCAACGUUACCAACGAACUCAUCUCGCUCUACAAACCAGUACUACCUAAAGAUUACUUUCAAUCUAUCUUCUCCUGUGGUAUCAAUCAGACAAUACUGAAGCUGAUAGAAGUGAUAGAGGUCAUCAGAGAAUCUGUCAACGGAUUAUUGUUACCACCUAAUCGAAUCUCAAAGAGGUCAGUGGAUGUUUCUGAGAAUGAAAAAAAUGGAAAACAGACUAAAAUUUUUGGUUUUAUUAUCGAGCCAAUUAGGAAUUUAUUGGCUCUCAUUCUCACACCUUUGCACCGUGCGAUGAAGGGACUUAUGAAUUAUAUACUUGUUACUUUGAGACCUAUUGUAGGAAAAAUCAUUCUGAGUCCUAUAGAGAAUAUAAUCAUGAGUAUAAUCAAUUUGAUACCUUGUGUUAGAUGCUAGUUAUAUUGUGCAGAGUUUGAAUAGAAAGCACUUCAAAUUUUGA